CGCCCAUUCCGUCACUAACGUUUACUGCACACAGUGCCACUCCACCCGUUUAUUCUGUUCCAAUGACAGGUCUCUCCGAUCUGAACGAUCAACCUUGAUCCAAACCUUCUCCCCCAGCAUUCUUCUAAUUCACAUCACACAUGCUUUGACAUCUACUAAACCGAAAUGUCGUCCAGAUCACUAUAUUCGUCAAGGCAUCCAAUGCUGAAGAAGAGAGAUGAUUUUGAAGACAUUUUGGAGGAGAGGCGGAGCUCCAGUGAUCUGAGAUAUGCGCUGAGGUGUUACACGCCCACACUGUAUAAGGGACUGGUGCCCUGCAAAGCCAGCAUGCUGAAAACCAUCGUUCUGCAGUCUGACCACCUGCAGCAUGUUAUUAAACAGGUUUCAUCAGAAUCAGGAGAAAGCAGCGAGUGCGUUACGGAAGAAGCGUCUCAUAUUCUGGAUGAGAUGGCUCACCGUCUGCAGCUCAGCACCAUUCGCUUCUUCGUCUUCACGCUCAGCAAAGCCUUUAAGAGACUCUUCCGCAGUGUGUGUGUCAAUGAAGAGGGCAUUCAGAGACUCCAGCAGGCUGUGCAGGAACAUCCGGUGGUUCUAUUGCCCAGUCACCGUAGUUACAUGGACUUCCUGAUGAUGUCAUACAUACUGUACAUGUACGACCUGCCGCUGCCAGUGAUUGCGUCUGGAAUGGAUUUUAUGAGCAUGAAGUUUAUCGGUGAGAUGCUUCGUAUGUCGGGUGCGUUUUUCAUCCGCCGGUCGUUCGGAGGAGAUAAACUGUACUGGGCUGUGUUUUCAGAGUAUGUGAAGACGAUGUUACGGAAUGGAUAUGCCCCAAUUGAGUUCUUCUUGGAAGGAACGAGAAGCAGAACCUGCAAAUCCCUCACGCCAAAGACAGGGUUGUUGAACAUUGUGAUGGAGCCGUUUUUUAGAGGGGAGGUGUUCGACGUCAACCUGGUUCCUGUCAGCAUCAGCUAUGAGAGAAUUUUAGAAGAAUCGCUGUAUGCUCGCGAGCUGCUCGGCGUCCCGAAGCCCAAAGAGUCAACGUCGGGUCUGUUAAAGGCCCGGCGGGUCUUGAGCGAGGAUUACGGCAGCAUGCAUGUGUACUUUGGUCAUCCUGUGUCUGUCCGCAGUCUGGCGGAGGGAAAAGUUAAUCGCUGUCAGCAUAACCUGCUGCCCAGGCACAUACCUCAGAAACCCAGUACGGAAAAUCUGGAGUUUCUAACCGACGCCGCGUUUCGUCUGGUGCGCACACAAGAGGAGAACAUGGUUCUAAAGCCCUGGGUUCUCAUCGCCACUCUACUCCUACAGAACCCUGAUGGACUGGACCUCUCCACUCUCGCCAAACAGACAGACUGGCUCAGACACCUGGCACUGGCGUUGGGAGCGUUCUUGGACUGGCCUGAUCACGAGAGCUGUGCUCGGGUCAUCAGCUGUAGUUUAGCGCUGCACAGAAACCUGUUGAGCGUGUCGGAUGAGCACGUUCAGCUGAACGUCGCAGACUCGACGCAGGUCGAGACCACACCAGAGGAAGCUGUGUUUCAGCGAGCAGUCGUCGUGCUCUCUUGCGCCUCCUACAGGAAUGAGAUCUUACACGUGUUUGUGAGACCUGCUCUCGUCGCAGUGGCCUUGCAGAGAAGUGCAGAGAACUCUCACAGAAAAGAUGACGUCUACAACUGCUUCAACUUCCUGAGGAACAUGUUCUCCAGUGAAUUCAUUCUGUGCCCUGGAGACUCGGUUCAGGACUUUGAAGAGGCGUGUUAUUUGCUGGCGAAGCGUGGAGCAUUACAGGUGUCAGAACAUGAGAUUGUGAUGUCAGCGAGCGGUCAGAGCACUCUCACGUUUCUGUGUUCUGUUCUGGAGCCGUUCGUGCAAGGAUACCAGGUGGUGUGUAGGUAUCUGUGUGAGAACGUGUUGGAGAAGCUUUUGGAGAAGGACUUUAUUCCUGCUGUGAGGAACUUUGCACUAAAACUCAUAUUAGCAGGUCGUCUGAAGUGUUAUGAAGUCUUAUCCUCAGACCUGCAGAAGAAUGCUCUGGCAGCCCUGCUGAGACUCAAAGCCGUGAGGAAAGUCAAAGUAGGUGACCAGACGACGCUGAAGGUGAACAAGAUCGCAGUGAACUCAUUGGAGGAUAUGCUCGGAGGUAAAAUUCCUACCCAGAAGCCCAUCCUCGCCCGACUGUAGUCACGUACACACUCUCCACUCUCUGGAGGACCAAGCCAAACUAAACUGCCUUCAUUACCAUAAUGCCAAAUUCUGCAAGGUGGCACGGCUUCGCUGACUACAAAGGUUACCUGUCAUCGAGCUUUAAAGGGCGUCACGGGUUUGCCAUCUGGGACGUUCCCGCUUCGUUAGAAACACUUCUUUUUAUCUCUCUACGUCUUCGACGAACUUGACAGCGAGCUGCGUGUCUGAUCGGCCUUCGAUCUGUGCCGUUUCUUUAUCAGACGCGUUUUAAACUGAUGUCUGAUGUUGCGAAGCAUAUGAAGACAGACGCGUUUGAACGUCUUGUUCGGUUGUUCGUGUGCGUUUUAAAACACUGUUACUAUUUGAUACACUGUGACUGGGUCUGUUAUCUUUUAAAACUUCGUGUCUUGAUUGAACUUUUUUUCAUUUUGCACACUGCGUGUUUGUGUUUGCACUGUAGAUUUGGCCGUCUGUCGCCUUAGUUGGGGAACAGGGUUUUUAGGAAUCGUGUUACAAAAGUGGGUCACUCGGAAGUGUGUUAACUCCUUAGGAGAUGCAUAAAAUGUCUCUAUUUAUAAAAGUGAAUCGAGUCGAAUAGGAAAGCAUUUUAUUAGAUGACGGCCAUGCUGUUUAGCCAAAUACACAGACUUGCCAUUGCAGUGUUUACACAACCUCUCAUGAAACAGCUUUUUAUUUUUCUAAAUGUAAGUAAAUAUCUUACAUAAAAUCAAUAACAAAUGUAAGGUUGUGUUUUAUAUAGGGUUGCUGUAUUUUGGAUAUUUCACAGUGCCUUCCAGUAAUGAGAUGUUUGACGAUACACAGGCAUGCAUGAUGCAGUUUACAGAAACGCUGUUCACUGUUUUUCAAGUAUUACAUCAACAGUUAAUGAAGUAAAAUAACUCCGACUCAGGGUUUGAAUUACAAUAUUAGUUUAAACUUUUAACAUGGUGUGAAGUUGACAUUUUGAAUUUUAACACUUUCUGAGCUGAUAUUUCAAAAAAUCUAACAUAUAUUACCCAUUGUUUUGAUUCAAAGGGAAAUCUGGGUAUCUUUUCCUUUCCGGUCUUUGGGAUGAUCAUUUGGUCUUAUCUUUCUUUGGAUGAAGUACUCAAGCCAUAAGUAAAGCCAUAGUGUUCAUUAUCUGCUUCUCUAAAGUCAGUUCAUCAAAUUAAGUAAAACAGCUGAAAAACUAUAUUUGUUUACAUUGAAAAGUAUCUUUUUACUAGGGCUGUCAAGCGAUUUAUCGCAUUCAGAAUAAAAGUAUGUGUUUACAUAAUACAUGUCUGUGUACUGUGCAUAUUCAAUUUGUAUUUAUAAACACGUACACAUACAUGGAUAUAUUAGGAAAUAUUUACAUUUAUUUAUAUUUACCAAUAAUUGAAUUUAUAUAUGAACGUUUAUUCAUUUUAUGUUAUACUUUUCUUAAAUACAUACAUGUGUUUGUAUGUUUUUUUUAAAUAGAAAAUUAAGAUGCUCAAUACACAGAGAUGUAAACACAAACUUUUAUUCUGAAUGCGAUUAAUCAUUUUAAUCAUAAUUUUUGAUUAAUUUUUUUACAUAAUUGAUGAACUUGUCUUGCAGAUAGAAAUGGAUUAGACAAAAUUUGAGUGGAAGUCACUCCUUGAUUGUUGAGUAUUUUGCUUUUCUGUCUGUUGGAUUGUUUGCCUUUAUAAAACUAGAUGAAUAUUAUGGGUCAACAGUGUUGGGGCAACAGUGUUCGGCAAUGUCUGCUCAGUUUGAAAGAAAUGGUUACUAAAAUAUCUAUUAAAUAUGAUCAAGUGAA